AUGCUCCCCCUGCCGUGCUCCCCUGCUGUGCUCCCCCUGCUGCUGUGCUCCCCCUGCUGCUGUGCUCCCCCUGCUGUGCUCCCCCUGCUGCUGUGCUCCCCCUGCUGCUGUGCUCCCCCUGCUGUGCUCCCCCUGCUGCUGUGCUCCCCCUGCUGUGCUCCCCCUGCUGCUGUGCUCCCCUGCUGUGCUCCCCCUGCUGCUGUGCUCCCCCUGCUGUGCUCCCCCUGCUGCUGUGCUCCCCCUGCUGCUGUGCUCCCCCUGCUGCUGUGCUCCCCCUGCUGUGCUCCCCCUGCUGCUGUGCUCCCCUGCUGUGCUCCCCCUGCUGCUGUGCUCCCCCUGCUGCUGUGCUCCCCUGCUGUGCUCCCCCUGCUGCUGUGCUCCCCCUGCUGUGCUCCCCCUACUGCUGUGCCCCCCUGCUGCUGUGCUCCCCCUGCUGUGCUCCCCCUGCUGUGCUCCCCCUGCUGCUGUGCUGCCCCUGCUGCUGUGCUCCCCCUGCUGUGCUGCCCCUGCUGCUGUGCUCCCCCUGCUGCUGUGCUCCCCCUGCUGUGCUCCCCCUGCUGUGCUCCCCCUGCUGCUGUGCUCCCCCUGCUGCUGUGCUCCCCCUGCUGUGCUCCCCCUGCUGCUGUGCUCCCCCUGCUGUGCUCCCCCUGCUGCUGUGCUCCCCCUGCUGCUGUGCUCCCCCUGCUGCUGUGCUCCCCCUGCUGUGCUCCCCCUGCUGCUGUGCUCCCCCUGCUGCUGUGCUCCCCCUGCUGUGCUCCCCCUGCUGUGCUCCCCCUGCUGCUGUGCUCCCCCUGCUGCUGUGCUCCCCCUGCUGUGCUGCCCCUGCUGCUGUGCUCCCCCUGCUGCUGUGCUCCCCCUGCUGUGCUCCCCCUGCUGUGCUCCCCCUGCUGUGCUCCCCCUGCUGCUAUGCUCCCCCUGCUGUGCUCCCCCUGCUGUGCUCCCCCUGCUGUGCUGCCCCUGCUGCUGUGCUCCCCCUGCCGCUAUGCUCCCCCUGCGGCUGUGCUCCCCCUGCGGCUGUGCUCCCCCUGCUGUGCUCCCCCUGCUGCUGUGCUCCCCCUGCUGUGCUCCCCCUGCUGCUGUGCUCCCCCUGCUGCUGUGCUCCCCCUGCUGUGCUCCCCCUGCUGCUGUGCUCCCCCUGCUGUGCUCCCCCUGCUGCUGUGCUCCCCCUGCUGUGCUCCCCCUGCUGCUGUGCUCCCCCCCUGCUGUGCUCCCCCUGCUGUGCUCCCCUGCUGUGCUCCCCCUGCUGUGCUCCCCCUGCUGUGCUCCCCUGCUGUGCUCCCCCUGCUGUGCUCCCCCUGCUGUGCUCCCCCUGCUGUGCUCCCCCUGCUGCUGUGCUCCCCCUGCUGUGCUCCCCCUGCUGCUGUGCUCCCCCUGCUGUGGUCCCCCUGCUGUGCUCCCCCUGCUGUGCUCCCCCUGCUGCUGUGCUCCCCCUGCUGUGCUCCCCCUGCCGGCUGUGUCCCGUGUGUGGGCUGCAGGGGGAGCACAGGCUGGCGCGUCCCCCUCCCCCACUCCCAGCAUUCCCAGUUUGCUCCCAGAUCGCACAGGGAGAUGGAGCCAGUGCAUGAACGUUCCGUGAACAUCCGGAGCCACUCUGAUAGAAGUCCUUGA